CCCCGCCCGCCGGGUGCCGUCGGAGGUUGACAGGUCGAGGCGGGGAGGCGGCGGCGGCUGCAGAGCCGGGCGCCCGAGACAGAGACCCCAUGGGGAACGCUUCGAGUCACAGCAGUGAAGACGAAGCGGCAGCUGCCGGGGGCGAGGGCUGGGGCCCGCACCAGGACUGGGUCGCGGAUUCGGGCACGAUCCCCGGCCCGGGCGCCGCGGCCCCGGCGCUGCCGCCUGCCGCGGCGCUGCUGGAGCCAGCCCGGCUGCGAGAGGCGGCGGCUGCGCUGCGGCCCGCUCCGCCCUUCGAGUCUCUGGUGUCUAGGCAUCACGGCGCGCUGUUGCGCUGGCUGGAAGAGCGGCUGGGCCGCGGCGAAGAGUCCGUCACCCUGGAGCAGUUCCGGGAGCUGCUGGAGGCUCGCGGCGCCGGCUGCUCGGGCGAGCAGUUCGAGGAGGCCUUUGCCCAGUUUGAUGCUGAGGGUGAUGGUACAGUUGAUGCUGAGAACAUGUUGGAGGCCCUCAAGAAUUCCAGUGGAGCUAAUCUCCAGGGGGAGCUGAGCCACAUCAUCAGACAACUGCAGGCUUGUUCUCUUGUUCCAGGUUUCAUAGACAUAUUUUCAGAGUCCAAGGAAGGCCUGGGUGUUCACUCAUCAAUGAUUCUGCGCUUCCUGCACCGCAAUCGGCUCCCUAGCACGGUCAUCCCCUACCCCAUGUUGGACCACUGCAAUAACAUGUGCACCAUGAGGGCUUCUGUUCUGAAGGAGGCUCUGGAUCAACUGGUACUGAAAGAAAAGGAAAGCCCUGGAGAUCUAAUUAGAAGCCCAGAGAUGGAUAAACUCAAGUCAGUAGCAAAGUGCUACGCUUAUAUAGAAACGUCCUCCAACUCUGCAGACAUUGACAAGAUGACAAAUGGAGAAACGUCUUCCUACUGGCAGUCAGAUGGCAGUGCCCGCUCACACUGGAUUCGUUUAAAAAUGAAACCAGAUGUUGUGCUUAGGCACCUGUCCAUUGCAGUGGCUGCCACAGACCAGAGCUACAUGCCGCAGCAGGUGACAGUAGCUGUGGGGAGGACUGCCGGCGAUCUUCAGGAGAUUCGUGAUGUGCACAUUCCCAGCAAUGUCACCGGCUAUGUGACACUGCUGGAAAAUGCCAACGUCAGUCAGCUCUAUGUCCAGAUUAACAUAAAGCGUUGUCUUAGCGAUGGAUGUGACACUAGGAUUCAUGGUCUGAGGGCUGUUGGCUUUCAGAGAGUUAAGAAGUCUGGGGUCUCGGUCUCAGAUGCUUCUGCAAUAUGGUAUUGGUCUCUGCUGACGUCUCUGGUGACGGCUUCCAUGGAGACAAAUCCCGCCUUUGUCCAGACAGUGCUGCACAAUACUCAGAAGGCACUGCAGCACAUGCCUCCACUGUCCCUCUCACCAGGAUCUACAGAUUUCUCGACUUUCCUGUCUCCCAAUGUUCUGGAAGAAGUGGACAGCUUCCUCAUAAGGAUCACUAGCUGCUGUUCUGCUCCAAAGGUGGAGCUGACUCUUCUGGCUUUCGCACUAGCAAGAGGAAGUGUUGCCAAAGUGCUGAGCUCUCUGUGCACCAUCACUGACCACCUGGACACACACUAUGAUGCCUCAUCCCUCAUCUCAUCCAUGGCGUCAGUCAGGCAGAACCUGCUCCUUAAAUAUGGUAAACCUCUCCAGUUGACUCUUCAGGCCUGUGAUGUCAAAGGAAAAGAAGAGAAGUCAGGACCUGAAAACCUCCUUGUUGAACCAUGGACAAGGGAUGGUUUUCUUACAGAGACUGGAAAAACCAGAGCAAGUAUUAUUUUUUCUACAGGAUCUGAAUCUGCCUUUCAAGUUACAAAGAUCAGAAUUAUGGUUCGGCGUGGCGGCAUUGGUGCCCAGUGUGGGUUGGUGUUUGCCUAUAACUCAUCAUCUGAUAAAUUUCAUGCAGAAGAACACUUCAAAAGGUUUGAAAAAUAUGACAAAUGGAAGCUUCAGGAGUUCAGGCAAUUUGUAAAAAGCAGGAUUGGUUGCUCACCUGAUGACCUUGGAGAGGAUGAUCCUAUUGGCUGGUUUGAGCUGGAAGAAGAGUGGGAUGAAGCAGAUUUCAAGUUGCAACAGUGCAGAGUUGCCAAAUAUUUGAUGGUGAAGUUCCUCUGCACCCGACAGGAGUCGGCAGAGCGCUUGGGAGUACAAGGGUUGAGCGUCAGUGGGUACCUCCGGCCUGCGAGAACAGAAGCAGAACAGAGCAUCGUCUGUGCUCAAUGCAGAAAGGACACGGAAGAGAGUGUCUGUGGGGCCACUCUGCUCCUCAGGACCCUUCAGUUCAUCCAGCAGCUCGCCCAUGACCUGGUGCAGCAGAAGGAAAGUGGCUUAAAAUAUAAAUCUUUUCUGGACUUCGCGGGUCUCGAUUUGCAGAUCUUCUGGAAUUUUUACAGUAAAUUAAAGCAAAACUCAAGGGAAGAAUGCAUCUGUGCCCAAACCCUGCUUCUGCAGCUCCUCCAGAGCUGUUUCUCGGUGCUGCAGGGAGACGCGCCGACUGCCUCUGAGGAUGCAAAGGCUCGACGUCCGAGCCCUGGGGGAGUGGAGGCUGCCAAGGAGCUCUACACACACUUGUGUGAUGUGGUGGAUAGGGUGGAUGGAGACUCUGUGCCUAUGGAAAUAUUAAAACAAGAAGUUAGAAAUACUCUUCUCAAUGGGGCUGCCAUCUUCUUUCCUGAUCGACAGACCCGGCGGAACCAUCUCUUCACCAUGAUGAGGAAUGUCACUGAGCAGGAACACAAGCAGUCCUUGCAGCUCACUUUCCGCUCACUGUGCACAUAUUUCAGUGAUAAGGAUCCAGGGGGCCUUCUGCUUUUACCUGAGAAAGGCGACCUGGCCAACCUGAACAUCAGUGAAGUACUGGCGGUCAUGAGUACUCUCCUCUCUGUUGCUGCUCGAGAGUGUGAGCUGUUGAUGCUCGAUGGGGCACAAGGGGAGAUUCACUCUGUGCUCUUCUCGCUGUUCUGGUCUGUCCAGGGCAGCCUGCUCUCCUGGUGCUACCUGCAGCUGAAGAGCACGGACUCUGGAGCCAAAGAUCUUGCCGUCGACCUUAUUGAAAAAUAUGUGGGACAGUUUCUGGCAAGCAUGAGAGUGAUUUUGGAAUCCCUUUUGUCACAGUAUAGUGGAAAAACCAUAGUAGAAAAAUUAUGUAAUUCUGUGUUUUCGAUGGCAGCUCGUCAACUGGUAAUCUUUCUGCUGGACUUUUGCACUUUAGACAUUUCACACUGCACGCUCUUGAGAGAGUUCAGUACCCUAACAGAGCUAUUGAAGAAGCUUUGCAGUGACCCUGAAGGAGGACUGAAUAAGCUGGAUGUCGAGACUUGGCAGCAAGAACAGCCUGUGGUGUUACACACGUGGACUAAGGAGUCUGCCCACAACUAUGAAAAUAAUUGCCAUGAGGUGUCUGUCUUUGUUAGCCCAGGGGCAACCUAUUUUGAGGUGGAAUUUGAUGAGAGAUGUGAAACGGAAAAAAGGUAUGAUUAUCUGGAAUUUACCGACGCUAGAGGUGGAAAAACACGUUAUGACACAAAAGUUGGCACUGAUAAAUGGCCCAAGAAAGUGACCUUUAAGGCUGGUCCUCGGCUACAGUUUCUCUUUCACUCUGACAGCAGUAACAAUGAGUGGGGCUACAAAUUCACUAUCACUGCCUAUGGCCUGCCUGAUGUUGCUGUGUCUUGGGGGUUGGAUUUACAACUCCUUGUUUCCCGACUGAUGGGACGCCUUGCUUCCCAGUGCAUGGCCCUCAAGUCUAUGCAUCAGUUAGGAAGUAACAUGGCUAUACCUCAGGCAAAAAUGGCAUUAGUCUUAAACUCCCCCUUGUGGAAACCUGUCUUCAGGCAUCAGAUAUGUCCAGAGUUGGGAUUAGAAGCAAGCUGGCCCACUCACUCACACCAGGAUAGUAAGGAGGUUAAGAACAUCCGUGAUGAUCCCUGCCACCAUUUUCUUCUUGAUUUUGCGCAGUCAGAUCCUGCCCAGAACUUCUGUGGGCCAUAUUCAGAACUUUUCAAAGGAUUCAUACAGGCAUGUAGAAAACAGGCCCCAAAGACAGAUAUAGUUGCUGGUUCCACUAUUGAUCAAGCUGUGAACGCCACCUUUGCUGCUCUGGUGUAUCGCACUCCAGACUUAUAUGAGAAGCUGCAAAAAUAUGUAAACAGUGGGGGCAAGACAGCCCUGAGUGAGGAGUUUGCACAGGUGUAUUCCUUGGCAGAUGGGAUUCGAAUAUGGAUGUUAGAGAUGAAGCAGAAGUCCCUGAUGAGCCUGGGGAACGAGGCAGAAGAAAAAUUCGGGUCAGAAGCUGCUGAGACAAACCCUGAGAGCCUGGCGAAAGAGUGUAUUCAAAAGAGUCUUCUAUUACUAAAAUUUCUGCCCAUGGGUGUAAGUUCAAAAGAAAGCUGUGCCAAGUUGGUGACUGCAGAUGAGACUGAUAAUCUGCAGCCUCUCGACAAGCGCCAGAGGACGAGCUCUGUGGUGGAAGAGCACGUCCCAGCUUCCGCACCUCCUGCUGAAGCAGCUCCCCCAGCUGCAGGAGAUGGGAGUCUUGACUUGGAUGUCCAGCCAAAGCUGCCACCCAGCAGUGGCCCUCUUGCUGCAGAAGUAUCCUCUGCCACAGCUGAAGAACCCCCAUCACCUUCCACUCCUACCCGGCGGCCUCCCUUCACGCGGGGGCGACUCCGGCUACUCUCCUUCAGAUCGAUGGAGGAGGCCAGACCGGUGCCCACAGUAAAAGAGAAAUACCCGGUGCUGAAGGACGUCAUGGACUUCAUUAAAGAUCAGUCACUCUCCCACGAGAGUGUUGUAAAGGUUCUUUCCUUGAAGAAAGCCCAAGCCCGGAGCAUCCUUGAAGUCCUGAGGAUAAUUCAGUACUGUGCAGAAUCCCUUGGACAGCCUCAUUGCUUCCAUCCGCCUUAUAUACUUUUCCUGUUGGAACUUCUGACCUGCCAGAAAGAGUUUACCAAUUAUUUUGGACACCUGGAGGCCUGUGGUGCAGAUCUACACAGAGAAAUUCGAGACACUUACUAUCAGUUGGUUCUGUUUUUGGUCAAAGCAGUUCAAGGAUUUAGUAGCAUAAAUGACAGGUCUUUGCUGCCUGCCUUGUCCUGUGUUCAGACAGCGCUGCUUCAUCUUUUGGAUAUGGGCUGGGAACCCAGUGACCUCUCCUUCUUUGUUGACAUUCAGUUACCAGAUCUCCUUAUGAAAAUGUCGCAAGAAAAUAUAAGUGUCCAUGACAAUGUGAUCAGCCAAUGGAGUGAAGAAGAUGAGCUUGCUGAUGCCAAGCAGAAUUCAGAAUGGAUGGAUGAGUGUCAGGAUGGCAUGUUUGAGGCUUGGUAUGAAAAAAUAGCCCAGGAAGAUCCCGAGAAGCAGAGGAAAAUGCACAUGUUUAUUGCUCGCUACUGUGACCUGUUAAACGUGGAUAUCUCUUGUGAUGGGUGUGAUGAGAUUGCCCCCUGGCAUCGCUACCGGUGUCUGCAGUGCAGUGACAUGGAUCUCUGCAAAACUUGCUUCCUAGGUGGAGUGAAGCCUGAGGGCCACGGAGAUGACCAUGAAAUGGUCAACAUGGAGUUUACCUGUGACCAUUGCCAGGGUUUGAUCAUAGGCCGGAGGAUGAAUUGCAACGUGUGCGAUGACUUUGAUCUGUGCUAUGGAUGCUAUGCAGCAAAGAAAUAUUCUUAUGGCCAUUUGCCUACCCACAGCAUCACAGCCCAUCCGAUGGUGACCAUCCGGAUCAGUGACCGGCAGAGGCUCAUCCAGCCCUACAUUCACAACUAUGCCUGGCUGCUCUUUGCCGCCCUGGCUCUCUAUAGCGCCCACCUGGCCAGCGCAGAGGAUGUGGAUGGCGAGAAGCUGGAUCCCCAGGCCCGCAGCAGUGCCACCAUCCUGCGGAGCCAGUGCAUGCAGCUUGUCGGGGACUGUCUGAUGAAGGCUCACCAGGGAAAAGGUCUUAAAGCUCUGGCUCUUCUUGGUGUAUUGCCAGAUGGUGACUCCACCCCAGAAAACCAGGCCCCGCCAGUCACUGUGCCCACCCGAACAUCAGAGGAGCGGCUAGAGAAGAAAGCUGUCCAGGUUGCAGAGAAGCCAUCGGACGCAGGCCCUUUCGUGCACUGCACUGGAAAAAGAGAUGUUCAUAAGGCAGUCAGUCCUUCGGAUUGCAAACAGAGAAGUAAGGCAGGUGAAGGUGUAUUGUUAAUGAAGGAUCCUUCGUGCCAGACUCAAAUUUCAGACUCACCUGCAGAUGUUAGCACACCUACAGGACUUCCAGAUGCUGAAAAUUCAGAAGCAUCAUCUCAGAAGCCCAUCGAGGAAAAGGCAGUUACUCCAAGCCCCGAGCAGGUGUUUGCUGAAUGUUCCCAGAAAAGGAUUUUGGGAUUACUAGCAGCCAUGUUACCUCCCUUAAAGUCGGAUCCCACAGUCCCCCUGGUAGACCUGGAGCAUGUCCUCCCGCUCAUGUUUCAGGUUGUCAUCUCAAACGCAGGCCAUCUGAAUGAAACCUACCACCUCACCCUGGGUCUUCUCGGCCAGUUAAUCGUCCGCCUUUUACCAGCAGAGGUAGAUGCUGCAGUGAUCAAGGUCCUGUCAGCUAAACAUAACCUGUUUGCGGCAGGGGACAGUUCCAUCGUGCCAGAUGGCUGGAAGACCACUCACCUGCUCUUUAGCCUGGGAGCUGUGUGUCUGGACAGCCGAGUGGGCUUGGACUGGGCGUGCUCCAUGGCGGAGAUACUGCGGUCACUCAACAGUGCCCCGCUGUGGCGUGACGUCGUUGCCACCUUCACAGACCACUGCGUCAAGCAGCUGCCUUUCCAGCUGAAGCAUACCAACAUCUUCACCCUGCUCGUGCUGGUCGGCUUCCCCCAGGUCCUCUGUGUGGGGACUCGCUGUGUUUAUAUGGAUAAUGCCAAUGAACCACAUAAUGUGAUCAUCUUGAAGCACUUUACUGAGAAGAACAGGGCUGUGAUCGUCGAUGUCAAAACCCGGAAAAGGAAAACAGUGAAGGACUACCAGUUGGUCCAGAAAGGAGGAGGACAGGAAUGUGGCAGCUCUCAGACCCAGCUGAGCCAGUACUCCCAGCACUUUGCCUUUAUUGCCAGUCACCUUCUGCAAACCAGCGUGGACAGCCAUUGUCCCGAGGCAGUGGAAGCAACUUGGGUGCUGUCCCUGGCCCUCAAAGGAUUAUAUAAAACACUAAAGGCUAACAGUUUUGAAGAGACCCAUGCUACCUUCCUUCAGACUGAUUUGUUGAAGCUGCUGGUGAAAAAGUGCAGCAAAGGGACCGGCUUCAGUAAAACGUGGCUCCUCCGGGACCUGGAAAUUUUGUCCAUCAUGCUGUACUCCUCAAAAAAGGAGAUCAACACCUUGGCUGAGCACGGAGACCUGGAGCUAGAUGAACGAGGGGACCAAGAGGAGGAGGUGGAACGGUUAGUCAGCAGCCCUAGUGAACCGGAGCAGAAAAAGCUAGACCCUCUCGAAAGCCUGGAUGAGCCCACCAGAAUAUGUUUCUUGAUGGCUCACGACGCCCUCAAUGCCCCUCUGCACAUUCUCCGGGCCAUAUACGAACUGCAGAUGAAAAGGACCGAUUCUUUCUUCCUGGAGGUUCAGAAGAGGUUUGAUGGAGAUGAGCUCACCACAGAUGAAAGGAUACGGACCCUGGCUCAGAGGUGGCAGCCCAGCAGGAGUCUGAGACUGGACGAGCAGAGCGCCAAAGCUGUGGAUACAGACAUGAUUAUCUUACCAUGCCUGUCCCGGCCCACACGCUGUGACCAGGCCACUGCUGAAUCAAACCCUGUGACCCAGAAGCUGAUCUCCAGCACGGAGAGUGAACUGCAGCAGAGCUACGCCAAGCAGCGGCGUAGCAAGAGCGCCGCCCUCCUGCACAAGGAACUGAACUGCAAGAGCAAGAGGGCUGUCCGGGACUACCUCUUCCGCGUGAAUGAGGCCACAGCUGUCCUGUACGCCCGCCACGUGCUCGCAUGCUUGCUCGCCGAGUGGCCUGGGCAUGUGCCAGUGAGCGAGGACAUCCUGGAGCUAAGUGGCCCUGCCCAUAUGACCUAUAUUUUGGAUAUGUUCAUGCAGCUGGAAGAAAAGCACCAGUGGGAGAAGAUCCUGCAGAAAGUGCUGCAAGGCUGCCGAGAGAACAUGUUGGGGACUAUGGCCUUGGCUGCCUGCCAGUUCAUGGAGGAGCCAGGAAUGGAGGUUCAAGUGAGGGAGUCGAAACACCCAUAUAACAACAACACCAACUUUGAGGAUAAAGUUCACAUUCCUGGUGCAAUCUACCUCUCAAUCAAAUUCGAUUCUCAGUGCAAUACAGAGGAAGGCUGUGACGAAUUAGCCAUGUCCAGCAGCAGUGACUUCCAGCAGGAUCGGCACAAUUUCAGUGGGUCUCAGCAGAAAUGGAAAGAUUUUGAGCUUCCAGGAGACACCCUGUAUUACCGCUUCACCUCUGACAUGAGCAACACCGAGUGGGGCUACAGAUUCACUGUGACUGCUGGACACCUGGGGCGCUUCCAGACAGGAUUCGAGAUUUUGAAGCAGAUGUUGUCAGAAGAAAGAGUUGUGCCACACCUCCCACUGGCCAAAAUUUGGGAAUGGCUGGUGGGCGUGGCCUGUCGCCAGACUGGUCAUCAGCGGUUAAAAGCUAUCCACCUACUUCUGCGGAUUGUGCGAUGCUGUACCCACAGCGACCUCUGUGACCUUGCGCUGUUAAAGCCCCUGUGGCAGCUCUUCACCCACAUGGAGUACAGCCUGUCUGAGGACGUGACACAGCCCGUCAUCCUCCUCCCCCUGCACCGUGCCCUCACCGAGCUCUUCUUCGUCACUGAGAACCGCGCCCAGGAGCUCGGCUUGCUGCAGGAUUACCUGCUGGCGUUAACCACCGACGACCACCUUCUCCGCUGCACGGCACAGGCUCUGCAGAACAUUGCCGCUAUCAGCCUGGCCAUCAACUACCCAAACAAGGCAACCCGCCUCUGGAAUGUCGAGUGUUAGCCUUUGGUAUGGCUUGCAUGGAACUAGCUAAUCUGUCCACAGGGAUUUUAAAGCAGAUAUCUAAACUCAUUCUGGAAAAUUCCUGUGGUGUCAGCGCCUGGCUCUCCUUGAGCUCCCACUUCCACUCCAAUUAAAAUGCCAAGCAGCCAUGCCUCCAAGAACUUCCCGUGUCACAGGCUAGACACCUGCACAUACUGUAGCAUGUGAGAAUCAGCAGAGCAGUGCAAAGUUAUUGAGAAAGGGCAGGCAGGAGGCCCUUGAGAAGGUUGUUUAGAGACCAGCCCUCUCCAGGGUCUGUCCCUGAGGAGGCCCAGCCCCGGGAAGACCUGAAGCAGCCUCUCUGGAAAAGGUUGUGUCUUGGUGGAGCUAGGGCUGCCUGCACUUGCCCUCGGGUGAAGACCGCGUCUGCCCAGAGCUGCUCUUCUCGGCAAGACCUCCAGCAGCCGCCUGGCCUGGGAGCUCCUCUUUCGCUUUUGCUUCUUGAGACUGGGCAAUCCAAACUAAGACCAAUGAGAGCCCCUCCUGGCCACCACCUGGUCCCCAAGCAUUCAGUGUGGGACUGAGUGCCACGCUAGCUCCCUGCACAGCCACGGCCAUCCCAGAGAAUCCUCGGUGAGAACAAGUGCCCUUGGGAACAGCCAGCAGGCCGCCUGGGCGCGUCUGCUUAUGCACUGGCCCCCAGCACAUCCGCGUGUUUUUAGUUAUUGUUGUUUUAACAUAUUUCAGUUUCCCCCUCAUGUUUUUAGGACAGAACCACACUGACUCCUUGAGAGGAAUGACCAGUGGAACAGUGAUUCAAGGGGACAAACUGGUUUGUGUGAAAGUAGCGGAACUUGAGGAGUACUCUUGAGCGUCUGUACCUAAAGACUUGAAGUGUUAUCAGGAGAUCUUAUUUUAGAAGUAAAAAAACAAACAGAAAAACACUUGAUGAUUUUAUUUUUGCUCCAUCUUCAUGGUAAUCCAUCCCGCCCACCUCUCUGUGGUUAUUUGGCUGUCACUUGUCUGGCAGUAACUGCAUCAGUUCUAAUCGAUGCUGUUUUCCAUUUUUCUUUUUAUGGUUGUAGUCUUGCCUUGAAGUGCUGACUCUUAUUCUCUUUGUAAAGCCACGCUUUGGAAUGGGAAGCUGGGUUGGCGUGUGGGCUGUGUACACGCUUCUGCGGAUCCAUCAGCAUGAAGAAGGCCUGAGCCCACUGCCAUUUAAGGGUGGUGGCGGCCCAAGCAUGUGCCACCACACAAGGCCAAACCCAAGGAAGGGCCAUAUCAUAGUCAAGGCCAAGCUGAGCAGGUCAGCACUGCCAUGGCCUCUGAAACCCCCUCUGCAGGGUCUGCCUUGGAAGGGCCCAAGACUGCAGGUCCCAGGAGGACCUGACUGCUAGAGCUUUUGCC